CCCAACUUAUGUCUAAUGCACGGGACAAAUCUAAUGCUUAUUUAGGAUGGAUUUGGAAGACGAAUAUAACGGUUACGUGGUGCAGUGGCUCGAAUUGCUCGUCUCCACCAUCAUAAUCAUCCUUAUCGUGGAGGUUAUCCGGAGGGGACUUAUUCGUCUCGACGAACAACGUCUGCGCCGUCAUAAACUACAGGAUGCCAGGGAGCCCAUGACGCUGAGAAUCAUCCAUCUUGAAUGACUGUGGCGCUACUCCUGAUCGGCGUUCCGAUGCGAAUUGCCCUGAUUGAUAUCGUCCUGUUCAGUAUGAUGGGGCAGGCAGUUUUCUAUCUUUUGGAGGUGAUAUUGUUGUGUCCGAUAUGGCUUCAUGAGUUUGACUCGGGACGCGAUAAUUUAAUGGUUUAGAGGAGGGGAAAUAUGGUGUUUGGGUGGUAGAGGAUUGGCAAAUACUGUACUAUUUAUUGGUCAUGGCUGGCUAUCUUGAAAAAAUAGUUAGUAUAGUAUUAAAUGUACAUGAAAGAUGAUCGGGAC